AUGUCGAAACGGAGACGCCUAUUGAGUGUAGGGGAACCGUCUCCGCUACUUCUGCAGCUCGAAAUAGACGCCGAGGAGGACAGCAGCUCAGACGACGACGACUUGCACGUUUACGCAACGAAGUUCGCCGAACCACUUCCAGUAUUCAAAGUGCAGGAAUACGUUCGCAAGGUUGUGCACAGCUAUUCUGAAGAGCAGUUUCGCAGCAAUUUCCGCCUGCCUCGGAGAGCCUGCUACGACCUUAUCAGGCAGUUCGAGAAGUCCGAUUUCUUUCCCUUCGACCGGCACCACAGAGGCGCUCCCGCGGAGACGCCGGAAGAGCACAUUCUUUCGUUUCUCUGUUACGCUGUCAACAAGGCCUCAAUCAGGGAGGUUGCCUUGCUGUUCAACAUGGCAGACUCCACACAGCUCACUGUCAUUGACAGGGGGCUUGGGUUUCUUUUUGCCAUUGCCCCAGAAGUGAUUUACUUCGCACCUGACAAGGAGGCUCUGGCCAGGGAUUUCAAGAAACUUGCAGGAUUUCCAAACGUCAUUGGGUGCAUUGAUGGCACCUACAUCCCUGUGCGCUGCCCAGUCAACAAAGUCAGGAGAUUUCAGGACGUUUUCACGGGCCCCCGAAGCAAAGUUCAUGACGCAAGAGUCCUGAAGCUGUCGCCUGUGCAAGAGGAUUUGCCUAUGCUUUGCGAAAUCAACAGGUACCACAUCCUCGGGGACGCUGCAUACCCCAUCCGGGAACACUUGCUUACACCGUACAGAAACUACGGCAACAUGACUGCAGACAAAACCGCAUACAACGACCGCCAUACCUCAACAAGGGUCGUGAUUGAAAAUUCAUUUGGCCUGCUUAAACAGAGAUUUCGGCAGCUGUGGUACGUGGAGCUCACAACAGUCGACAAGAUUACACUGUUCAUAGUAGGCUGCUGUGUUCUUCACAAUAUAUGCCUGAGCAAUGGGGACACAGAUGUGGAGGACCUGCUCACUGAUGAAGAGAGAAGAAAGAAGGCAUGA